AUGGGCGCGUCUGACGUGAUCAAGCACAUAAAGGACGCGCUCGCGUCCGCCCACCCCGGCGCGGUCGACGACGAGGUGACGGAGUACGUCGCCGACAUGGCGAGCGAGCUCCUCGCCGACGGCGAUCCGGGAAGGUGUCGUCGCGAGAUGGCCGACGAGUUGGUGGACGCGGCUGGGCCGAUGCUGGCGGAGUUCAUAGGAGACGACGCGAUCAGGUCCCUAUUUGACGGAGCGGUGGCGCACCACCUCGGGGGAGGAGGCGACGACGCGGGUUCAAACCCGGACGUUGGGGGCGACGGUGCGGGAUCGGAGUCGGCCGCGAAGCGAUACUGCCUCGACCUCGAAGGGAUCAUCCUCGCGUUCGCGGGGAAGGUGCUGCUCAGGCCGACGUCGCUGAAGCUGGAGCGCGGUCGGCGGUACGGGGUGGUGGGGCAGAACGGCGCGGGUAAGACCACGCUGUUGACCCGCCUCGCGGCCGGGGACAUCAACGGGUUCCCCAAGGACAUCAGGUGCGUCUUCGUGCAGCACGAGGUGCUCGUGACCUUGGAGCAGACCAUCCUCGCGUUCAUGACGUCGCAGGCGUCGACGCUGGACGCGAACGCGGCGGACGUGAAGCCGUGUUUGGAAGCCGUCGGGUUCACGUCGGAGAUGAUCACCGAGAAGAUGGUGAGCGAGCUGUCCGGGGGUUGGCGAAUGAGGCUCGCCAUCGCGAGAGCCAUGCUGCAAAAAGCCGACCUCCUCCUGCUCGACGAACCCACGAACCACCUGGACGUCAACGCGGUGGAGUGGCUCGCCGGGCACCUCCGCUCCCUCACCGACACCACCACGCUGGUGGUCAGCCACGACUACGACUUCCUCACCGACGUCGCCACCGACAUCGUGCACUUCGAGGGCCAGACGCUCACCUCCUUCGCGGGCGGCUUCCCGGGGUUCCGCGAGAAACGCCCCAACCUGGUGCUACCCCGCAUGAAGCGGGACAUGGUGAGGGCGAUCGAGACGAACGCGGAGGCGGUCGGCGAGACGGUGGAUGGCGGCGACGUCCACGACGCGCGCGCGAGAGAGGACAGGGAGAGGCGCAGCAGGCUCGCCGGCGUCGAGCUGCGAAGCGAACUCGGAUCCGCGGCUGGCGUGAGAAACGCGGGAGCCGUCGGGUCCCUCGCGGCGGCGAUGACGAGCACAUCCUUCGCCAAAUCCAACGCCCGAGACAAGCCGUUGAUCACGUUCCCGGACCCCGGUCAGUUGGACGGCGUGAGGAGCCGCUCGAACGUGGUUUUGCGGGUAGAAAAUCUCUCGUUCGCGUACCCCGGGGCCAAGUCCAAGCCGGUUCUCGACGACAUCAACUGCAGGGUGUACCUCAACUCCCGCGUGGCCAUCGUCGGCGCGAACGGCGCGGGUAAGACCACGCUGCUCAAGAACAUCGUCGGUGAGCUCGUUCCGGGUCAGGGCUCCGUGUGGAAGCACCAUAACCUGCGCGUGAGCUACAUAGCGCAGCACUCGAUGCACCACCUCGAGUCCAACCUCGAGAUGGCUCCCAAGGAAUACAUACAGACGAGGUUCUUCCUGGGCCGCGACAAGGAGCUCGCGGCGAUGGCGACGAUGGACAUGAGCGACGAGGACAAGGCGCAGAUGAAUAUCAAGGGGAACGUGUGCGAGAUCCUCGGCCGCGCGAUGAAGGGCGGGAGCCUGUGCUACGAGGUUAAGAAGUUCGGAGAUAAGCCCGGCGUGACGCGCUGGGAGCCGGUUGAGUUUCUCAAAGCCGCAUACGUGGCGAAGAUGACGAGGCACUACGACGAGAAGCUCAAAGCGUCGCAGUCGGGCCUCGACAUUCGGCCGCUGACUAGCGCGGAGGUGUAUUCGCACCUCGCGGACUUUGGAAUAUCGCAGGAGCUCGCCGACGGCAAGAUCAAGCGCAUGUCCGGCGGACAAAAGUCACGACUGGUGUUAGCCGCGGCGAUGUGGACCAAACCGCACAUCAUCGCUCUGGACGAGCCGACCAACUACCUGGACAACGAGACCCUGCAGGCGCUCACCGAGGCCCUUCGUAAGUUUAAGGGUGGGGUGUUGACCGUGUCGCACAACGCGGGUUUCGUCGCGGAUCUGUGCACGGACUCGUGGCGGGUGUACCAGGGCAAGGUCACCUCGGCGGAGGAAGGGGGCAGAGCCGGUAAGCAGAGCGCCGCGGCGAGGCGACGCGCGAGGGACGCGGCCAAGCGCGGCGGCAGCGGCGAGGAGGCCGGCGGUGAUAAGGACGGCGGCAAGAACGAGGAGGAUGCCGAGGUGCAGGCGAACGGUGCUCGCGUGGACGACGACGUGGACCGCACGGUGACGGGGGUGUUGGUAUCCAGGCCAACCGCGCUGGACGUUAAGAUUUCGCAAUUCUCGAUGCAGGUCAACGGGCAGCAGCUCGUCGAGGACUGCGACAUCGAGCUCAACGUCGGCAGGCGGUACGGCUUACUGGGCGUCAACGGCUGCGGGAAGAGCAACCUGCUCGCCGCGCUCGCCAACCGCGAGCUGCCCGUCCCGGAGCACGUGGACGUCUUUCACCUGCGCGAGGAGGCGGAGCCGUCGGACCGCACGGCACUCGACGCGGUUGUCGACCACAUCAAGCUGGAGGUGACGCGUUUGCACAAACUCGAGGCGUCCACGCUCGCUGAGGGCGGACCGGGGGACGAGCGCCUGCAGCCAAUCUACGAGCGGCUCGAGGAGUUGGACUCUGCCGCGUUCGAGGCGCGCGCGGCUGAGCUGCUGCACGGCUUGGGUUUCAAAAAAGACAUGAUGCGGAGAGCCACCAAGGACAUGUCCGGCGGGUGGCGCAUGCGCGUCGCGCUCGCGCGCGCGCUCUUCGCAGCGCCCGCACUUUUGCUGCUGGACGAGCCCACGAACCAUUUGGAUCUCAGCGCGUGCGUGUGGCUCGAGCACCAUCUCGCAAAGUACGACAAGUGUCUCCUGGUGAUUUCUCAUUCACAGGAUUUCCUCAACGGGGUGUGCACACACAUCAUCCGCCUCACGAACCGCAAGCUCAAGUACUACACGGGUGACUACGACACCUACCAGAAGACAUUGGAGGCUGAAAACGUCAUACAGCAGAAGAAGCACGACAAGGAGCAGGCGGAUAUCAAGCACCUUCGCGAGUUUAUCGCAUCCUGCGGAACAUACGCCAACAUGAUGAAGCAGGCCAACUCCAAGCAGAAGAUCCUCGACAAGAUGGAAGCCGCCGGGCUCACGCCGUCGCCCAAGGCGGAGAAGACGUUCGAGCUGGCGUUCCCGGAGUGUCGCAAGCUCCCGCCGCCGGUGCUCCCCUUCAAGGAGGUGUCGUUUUCCUACCCCGGAGCCGACGUUGGCGGUGGGCGAGAGCUGCUGAACGGGCUGGAGUUUGGCGUCGAUUGCGACUCCCGCAUCGCGCUCGUGGGACCCAACGGCGCGGGAAAAUCGACUCUGCUCAAACUCAUGACCGGCGACCUGACCCCAACGUCCGGCAGCGUGAGCCGGCACCAGAACCUGUCCAUCGGACGGUACCACCAGCACAGCGUGGACGUCCUCGACCCGGCGUCGCAUCCCGUCGAAUUUUUCCUUCAAAAGUACGACCACAUGAAGAAGCCGGUGGACGAGUGGCGGGGUUACCUCGGUAAGUACGGCAUCUCCGGCAGGCUCCAGACCACGCCCAUAGGGCUCUUGUCGGAUGGCCAGAAGUCUCGCCUGGUCUUCGCAAUGAUCUGCCUCGCGGAGCCCAACCUGCUGUUGCUCGACGAGCCGACGAAUCAUCUGGACAUCGAGGCGAUUGACUCGCUCGCGACGGCGAUUAACAAGUACGCCGGCGGGCUGGUGCUGGUGUCGCACGACUUCAGACUGAUCGACCAGGUGGCGAAGGAGAUCUGGGUGUGCGAAGACGGGGGCGUGACGGUGUGGAAGGAUGAUAUUCGCGCGUACAAGCGCAAGCUGGCGAAAGCCGCCGGCUUGUGAAGUACCUUUGAAGGUAGUCUACGGAGGUACCGAGCUAGUCACUGUCAAAAGCGUAGAUUCCUUCAUU